CUGCCAAUUGUUAAUUCAAUUGAUAAGUAAGUAAAUUUAACAGCUAUGCUUUGUUUAAAGAUUGAACUCCGAGGCUCAAUUCAAACUUGACAGUUGUUUAUGAACAUGUUUGGCUUUUGACAUAAAUAAAUAGUUAAUAUACUAAACAUUUGUAUGCUCUACAAAUAUUCGUUUUUACUAAUUUCGACGCUAAAGAAAUGUUCAGUGGCCAGUUAAAGCGAACGACGUUGCUGGGACAAUGCUGACGGCUGGGACUUCUACAGCGACAGCCGGCGGCACAAUGGCAACUAACUCUACAAUGCGCACCACUGUGCGGCGCCGGAAAUCGCGCAGACUAUGAAACAAUUAGCCCAAUAGCAUGCAGCUGCUUGCCAGGCUCAAGCUCAAUCCCAAUCCCAAUCCCAAUCCCAAGUCCAGGCACAGUCCCAGCCACACCCACCAAUGCAGAUCGGCCAUUUUGCCGAAAUCGAAAACCACCCCACACAGAAUGUGGAAUGUGUGGAACAUGGCGUGACCAGAUGCGACUCGAGCUGUGGCAGCAUUACGGCUAAUGAGCCAUCUAGAUAAAGUUAUAAACAAAGGAACGCGCCACACUGCGCGAAACGCAGGCGAGAGAUUGAUAGAUGGAGAUAGAGAGAUAGAAAUGGAAACGGCAUGAAUGGAAAGUAAUCAAUGAUAGCGUUGGAACCUUUGGGUUACCCAAUUGUUUGUGUCUGUGUGUGUGUGUGUUGCAUGUUGCGUUUGAUGGGGUCAAAGCAACUAAUGCAUUAACAAUGAAAGGCUUUUAGGCCAGACAGGACAGACAAGCGAACAAAUUGAGUGAGUUGGCCACAACGCAAAAUGAGGCAAGCUAAUGGGAGUUUUAUUGAGUUUAUGCCACCGCAGCGAUUUCAGUUGCAAUUGUUGUGUUGUGUGGCACGUUGCGCAGUGGACUGGCCGAAGAGCCACGAGCAUGUUCCUGAAACGCAAAUGCCGCAAAAGAAGCCAGCGACAGAUGAGCGGGCGAUGAUGAGCCGGCGUCAGCGUCUGCUCGAGACCGUCGUCAUCUUUCGACGCAGUCUCAUCUAUCAGACGAAGGAGUUCUUUCAGAACUCGACGCUGCACGGAGUGCGCUACAUAGCGGAGACUGGUCGUCCGAUUGGUGAGAAGUUCAUGUGGUUUUGCUUCACAUCCAUUGGAGCGGUGACAGCGCUAGUCAUCAUCAUGAGUCUGUGGGAAAAGUUUCAAACGAAUCCAACUAUUACCGGUCUUGAUACGGACUUUCACAAUCAGAAUGUCGUUUUUCCAACGACAGUUAUCUGUCCUGAUACGGCUUUCGAUCACGACAAGUCCUACGACGAGGUCUUCAAGUCGCUAGCCAACUAUGAGGAGAACAAAGCGCAGCUGUUUGCACCUUUUCUCGAUCUGUUGACGUCGCUGAACUUUGAUAACAUCAAGGAUGCGGCCAUGUUGUCACAGAAUGUGCCCAUAGACAUGCUGCAUGAGCGUUCCAUACGCGAAUGGGCGUUCCUAGUGCACGUCACCUGCGAGAACACGUUGAUCUCCUGCAAGUAUCGCGACGACGAAAUUCCCUGCUGCGAUCACUUUGAACCCAUUUACACCGAGCAUGGCUUCUGCUAUGCCUUCAACAGUCGCUUCAAGUCCACGCCCACGGAAGACUUGAAGACUGGUCCGCCACACGAUCUCUAUGAAACGGACAAGAAAUGGGCGCUCUUCUUUCUACCCAACAGCAGUUCACGUAUUUUUAUAUUCUCGAAUGAGGAGUACUUUGGCUCGGACUUCAAUGCCCAAAUCGACUGGACCGAGGAUCAGCUGGUGGAGGUGCGCAUUUCCAAAAAGAACACCUACACCACAGACGAUGCCCGUCAACUGUCCAUUGGCCAGCGCAAGUGCAUCUUUGGCGAUGAGGUCAAGCUAAGCUACUUUCCCGAUGACUACACCUUCUCCUCCUGCAUGAAGCAGUGCCGCAUCAACAAGGCCAUCAAGCUCUGCAAAUGCAAUCCUCCCUUCUACAAGCCCAUUUCUAAUGCACCCAUGUGUACGGUCACAGACUUUAACUGCCUCAAUGAGCAUCAGCUCAAUAUAACCAACAUCAAGGAUUGCCUGCAAUGUGAGCUGAGCUGCUCCAAAACUGUCUUUAACAUAGACAAGCUCAUCAAGCUAACAGAAAAGCCCGAGACUCCAGGCGUGCUAGUUGAGUUUCUCACUUGGCCCAUUAUUCGCUACAAGCGUGAGGUGCUCUUCGGCUGGGUGGAUCUGCUGGUCUCCUUUGGCGGCAUCGCCAGCUUGUUUCUCGGCUUCUCACUGCUUUCUGGUGUGGAGAUUAUUUAUUAUUUCACAUUGCGCGCCUGUUGCAUGGUCUACAAGAAUAGGCAAGAGCUUUAUGAAAUCGAAGAGCGCAUACGCCACGAGCCGCCACCGGCCAUAGAUCUGCAGCUGAAGCUCAAGUCCCAUUCUCGGCCAGCUAUCAACAGUGCCUCAGCUCGAUCUGUGCUGCAGGUGCAGCCCGUAAGCGGCACCGAUGCGGGCUACAUGACAACAACCCAGCGUCGCAACGAAAAGGACUACAGCAGCUACUCGAAGAACUUGUAUCGCACACCCAAGGUGCUGCCCGAUCACGGCUAUUUGGGCAGCAAGGACAAAUGGCAAUUGGAUCACGGACAAUAUCUACCCUAGGACACACGAAUGAAAACAAUAAAAACCUACUGAUGACGACCAACGAAAUUUUAAAUAUUAAUAGCAAGCUGAUAUUACGAUAUCAAACAAGAAAAACUCAAAAAAAAUAAUGCAAAGAAUUUUUAAAUUUGAAAAUUGCACCGAUUUGCUUAAAAGGAAUUUUAUUAUUGAAUCGAUACCAAUGUACAAGCCAUUACAUUAAAAACCAAUAUUCUAUUAUGCA